CGGCUAGCGCCUGCGCGGCGGGGCGCUGCGGAGACCGUUGGCUCAUUUGCAUGUCCCCGCCUCGCGCGGCGGCGGAGGCGGCGGCGGUGGCAGCGAGUGAGGAGCCUGAGGCAGCGGCGGGGGCGGAUCCGCGCGCGGUGGGCUCGGGGUUGAAGAAACAUGGCAGCAAGGCGAAUUGCUCAGGAGACUUUUGAUGCUGUAUUACAAGAAAAAGCUAAACGAUUUCACAUGGACCCCAGUGGUGAGGCUGUAGGUGAAACCCUUCAGUUUAAAGCCCAAGAUCUUUUAAGGGCUGUCCCAAGAUCCAGAGCAGAUAUGUAUGACGAUGUUCACAGUGACAGCAGAUACUCCCUGAGUGGAUCUGUAGCUCACUCUCGAGACACUGGGAGAGAAAGCCUGAGAAGUGAUAUAUUUCCAGGGCCUUCCUUCAGAUCAAGCAACCCUUCCAUCAGUGAUGACAACUACUUUCGCAAGGAAUGUGGCCGGGAUCUGGAAUUUUCGCACCCUGAUUCCCGGGACCAGGUCAUUGGCCACCGGAAAUUAGGACAUUUCCGUUCUCAGGACUGGAAAUUUGCACUUCGUGGCUCUUGGGAGCAAGACUUUGGCCACUCAGUUUCUCAAGAGUCCUCUUGGUCACAGGAAUAUGGCUUUGGUCCUUCUACAGUAUUGGGGGACUUUGGCUCCUCCAGGUUGAUUGAGAAAGAGUGUUUGGAAAAAGAGAGUCGGGAUUAUGAUGUGGACCAUACAGGGGAGGCUGACUCUGUGCUCAGGGCCAGUGGUCAAGUCCAGGCUAGAGGCCGAGCUCUAAACAUCAUUGACCAGGAAGGUGCCCUCCUAGGAAAGGGGGAGACUCAGGGCCUGCUUACAGCUAAGGGAGGUGUUGGUAAACUUGUUACACUGAGAAAUGUGAGCACAAAAAAAGUACCUACUAUAAAUCGUAUUACUCCCAAAACUCAGGGCACUAACCAAAUCCAGAAAACCACCUCAAGUCCUGACGUGACCCUGGGGACAAAUCCAGGGACAGAAGACAUCCAGUUCUCCAUUCAGAAGAUCCCUUUGGGGCUAGAUCUGAAGAAUAUUAGGCUCCCCAGAAGAAAGAUGGGCUUUGACCUCAUAGAUAAGUCUGAUGUUUUUUCAAGAUUUGGUAUAGAAAUAAUCAAAUGGGCAGGAUUUCACACCAUAAAAGAUGAUGUUAAAUUUUCCCAACUUUUCCAGACUCUCUUUGAACUUGAAACUGAAACUUGUGCUAAAAUGCUUGCCUCGUUCAAAUGUUCCUUAAAACCAGAGCAUAGAGAUUUUUGCUUUUUUACUAUCAAAUUUUUAAAGCACUCUGCUUUGAAAACACCCAGAGUUGAUAAUGAGUUUUUAAACAUGCUUUUAGACAAAGGUGCUGUGAAGACCAAAAAUUGCUUUUUUGAAAUCAUAAAGCCCUUUGAUAAGUAUAUAAUGCGACUUCAAGACCGACUUCUGAAGAGCGUCACACCUCUGCUUAUGGCCUGUAAUGCCUAUGAGCUAAGCGUCAAAAUGAAGACCCUCAGUAACCCCCUGGACUUGGCUGUUGCCCUUGAGACCACCAAUUCUCUCUGCCGGAAAUCUUUGGCCCUUUUGGGACAAACAUUCUCCUUAGCCUCUUCAUUCAGGCAAGAGAAAAUUUUAGAAGCUGUUGGCCUCCAAGAUAUAGCUCCCUCUCCUGCCUCUUUUCCUAACUUUGAGGACUCAACUUUGUUUGGUAGAGAGUAUAUAGACCACCUGAAGGCCUGGCUGGUUAGCAGUGGGUGUCCCCUCAAGGUCAAGAAAGCUGAACCAGAGCCCACACGAGAGGAAGAGAAGAUGAGUCCUGUGAAACUAGAAAUUCAGGCCAAGGCUCUGAGUGGUCUGAGUGAAGCAGUCCCCCAGCGAGCAGAUCACAAGGUAGUAGACACUAUUGACCAGCUUGUUGGACGUGUUGUCGAAGGCAGCCUGUCUCCCAAAGAGAGAGCUGAUCUCAAGGAAGACCCUGUUUACUGGUUUUUGUCUGAUGAAAAUAGUCUGGAGUAUAAAUAUUAUAAGCUGAAGUUAGCAGAAAUGCAGCAGAUAAGCCAGACCUUACCAGGAGCUGAUCAGAAGCCAACCUCAGCGGAGUGUGCAGUGCGGGCAAUGCUGUAUGCCCGGGCAGUCCGCAACCUCAAGAAGAGACUGCUUCCGUGGCAGCGUCGGGGGCUCAUCCGUACUCAAGGUCUCCGGGGCUGGAAGGCAAGGAAAGCGAGCACUGGGACUCAGACCCACUUGUCUUUGGGCACGAGGCUUAAGCACCACAGCCGGCAGGCUCCAGGGCCCUUUCGGGCAAAGCCAUUGCUACCAGACAGAAACAAUGCUGGGAAGGAUUGCCCACCAGACCCUGCCAAACCUUCUCCUUGUGACUCCACCCCAGAAGCCUCAGGCCCAUCCCCCAAGGCAGCAGGAGUGGAUAUCUCUGAAGCCCCUCAGACCUCCUCUCCUUGCCCAUCUGCUGACGUUGACAUGAAGACAAUGGAGACUGCAGAGAAACUGGCCAGAUUUGUUGCUCAGGUGGGACCAGAGAUAGAACAAUUCAGCAUAGAAAACAGCAUCGAUAACCCUGACCUGUGGUUUCUUCAUGACCGAAAUAGUGCUGCUUUCAAAUUCUAUCGGAAGAAAGUAUUUGAACUGUGUCCAUCAAUUUGUUUCACAUCUUCUCCACUUAAUGUCCACACCAGCGGGGAAAGUGCAGAUUCUCAGGAGAGCCCCAUAGACCACGUGGAAGGGGAAGCAGAGUUUGAGGAUGAGCCUCCUCAGCGGCAAGCUGAGCUGCAGAGUCCAGAGGUGAUGCCUGAGGAGGAUGACGAUGACGACGAGGAUGAUGGGGAUGGGGCAGAGGAGGCCCCCACUCAAGGAGGGGCCAGCAAAUCUUCAGGCAGCACCCCUGCUGACAGCCUCCCUAGUGAAGUUACAGAGGACGACUCAGCCGGAGUGCCUGCCCUGUCACAAGCCUCUUCAGGUACCUGCUUCCCCCGGAAGAGGAUCAGCAGCAAAUCUUUGAAGGUUGGCAUGAUUCCAGCUCCCAAGAGAGUAUGUCUCAUCCAGGAGCCAAAAGUCCAUGAACCAGUUCGAAUUGCCUAUGACAGACCUCGGGGUCGUCCAAUGUCCAAAAAGAAGAAACCCAAGGACUUGGACUUCGCCCAGCAGAAACUGACUGACAAGAAUCUGGGCUUCCAGAUGCUACAGAAGAUGGGCUGGAAGGAGGGCCACGGCCUGGGCUCACUUGGGAAAGGCAUCCGGGAGCCUGUCAGUGUGGGAACCGCCUCAGAAGGGGAGGGGUUGGGUGCCGAUGGGCAGGAGCACAAAGAAGACACAUUCGACGUGUUCAGACAGAGGAUGAUGCAGAUGUACAGACACAAACGGGCCAACAAAUAGAUCAAAACCACUGAUGAGAAAGAUAAGCCUUGAAGCACCAAUUACCCUUAAAACAUCAUCCCUGUCCUGGAUCUGCCUGGAGCCAGUGCCCAAGUACGGUUUGGUGUGUACAUGAAAACAAACAUCUCUGCAGUCUUUGGGGCAAAGGUUUCACUAGCUUUUCUUAAAAAGAAUCCACUAUUUUCAAUAUAGUUUUGCCUUUCUUUUCUCUUCCAAAUACUUUUAGCAGCAGAUCCCUUCCAAGUCUUUUUCGGGUCCUCUUCAGAAGAUGGCACUGCCCGCAAAAGAGACUUUUGCCUGUAAGUGCUAAGGAACAAGUUCCUCUGGCUAGUUUUCCAGUCUGAGAGGCCAUUGCUCUCCAGAAGUGCUCUGUUAGCAAACAUGAUGUGGUGUUUUCUUAGAGGAGGCAAAUCAGUAAUUGCCAAGUCUGCACUCUGGUACCAAAGCUCUGAAGCACUUUGAACAAUUAAGAUACUUGAUUUAAUGAAUGUAUGAAUGGUAUCUCAUCUCUUAAAUAUGUCCUAAGAGACUUAGCAAAAUUUUAGCAACAGUAUAGUAUAGCUGUAUUUGUUGGGGAGUAAUUAAACUUUGAGGAAAUUAAACUUUCCUCAAAUUUACAUGUCUCUUUAGAAUGCACAGUGUAAGCAAACUACAAUAUGUUGGGGUUUUUUUAAGCCACAUAUGGAGUCUUCCCCCCCUACAAGAGAGUGGAAGUUAUAAACCCUCCAAGACUCUUCAUUUUUUGCACGUGUGGCAGUGUUAAGAUUUGCUUUAUUACAGCCUUUGUAAAGAAGAGAAACGCUCCUUUUGGGGUGAGCUCUGCAGCUGUUUGUGAUUUCAAGGCGUGUGAUUGCUGCCGUCUUCUAGACUCCCCAGUGCCCCACUGCUUAUACUAUAUGUGAAAUUCUCAGGCUGUGGGAAUCUCAGCCCUUCUUUCAUAAAGCAGCAGUGUUGAAUUUUUAAAACCUGCUAAAAUCUGGAAAACUUGGGAUCCUGCUGACUCUUCAGGAUCAGAGGACACAGCAAUAGUUAGGGUGGCAGCAACAGAACUAAGUGGGAAGUGCCGCUUUCAUUGGCUGGGGAGAAAUCCUUGCUUUCUUUAAGCCGCAGACCUCUUAGGCUGUCAUCCCAGCUCCUCAGGUUUUCACUGGUCUGUCUGGCCCCCAGUGCCUCAGCCCCCUGAGACUAUUUCCUUCUGGUCUCUUCUGUUGCUUUGGCAACCAGCAGAUCUCGAUGGCUACAGAGGUGCUGGAGUUGGCCAGCACUGAGGGUGGGUCUUGGAUUUGCAAUGUGACUCUCAAAUAAACCAGCCUGUAGGGGCCCAGGGUGAAACUGGUUCAGGGGAACUACAGGUACGGGAGUUCAUCUUUCUUUCCCAACCCUUCGAACAGCUCUCGUGUUGGCUGUGGGUCAGGUGAAUGCAUAGAACUUGGAGAAUAGGGCUUGGCCCAUCACCCCUGAGCGAGGUGCACAAACCACCAGUAGGGAUCGAGCUCUUCUCUCUAGCACAAAUCUGACCAUUGUGUGUACCUUGUCCCAUCAUGCUCAUUCUUGACUUUCUCCACUUCUGUUUAUUAAAAAGGCAAUUCCUGGUGGAUGGGCACUGACCCCCACAGCCUCUUGCUGUUCUUCCCAGGGACAUCCUGAUUUGAGUUGAAAUGGUUUCUGUGAGCCUUUAGCAAGCGUCAAAGGGAACACCUACUUCUUGAACCUAGAAAGUCCCAUAAACACUCAGGAGCCCAGGAAGUGUGGCAGUGCAUCCUUCUGCCAGCUGUUGCUCUCUGUGUCCUCCCCACCCCUUUAUCUUAACCAAGGCUAUCCUUGCUCUCCACAAAGGCCACCCUGCAGAGAUACUGUGUGCAAGCGGGAUGUGUGGUGGCACAGCCCUGUCAAAGUCACAGCACCUUUUCUGUCGUUCUAGUUCCAGGGUCUCUUCCGUGAGGACAACAGGCAUCCGGAAAGUGCAUACUCGCCACUUUGGGUGCUUACUGUCUCUGGCUUAUUUCCGUCACUGGAAAUCACUUAGAGAAUCUUAGUGUUUUUGGUCCCUGGUAAAACCUAGAAGACAUUUGUGAUGUCACAAAAUGGAAGUUUUGUUUUUUUGUUUGUUUUGUUUUAUAAAUCUAAGAAGUUGUAAAUGUUGAUCAUUUAGCAAUUGCAAUAAAUGUAGAGGAAA